AGGAGGAGGCUACCAGCCGAGGGGGGUAGCCGAUUCCUGGAGAGGAUUUUCUGUUCUCGUCGUUAUUAAAACGUAACGGCGGCGAAUGAAAACAACAAUAAAAGCAUCAUAAAACAUGGUGCUUACUCCCAGAGAAGCUCUGUCGUCGGGCCUGUGAGUGUCGGCAGGUUUCGCACCGCCGCCUCUUCGGGGGAUUCUGCUGUCUGGGUCCGACCUGACCCUCUCACCGACGGGCGAUGACAGCGACUCCAGCCACUCCGCAGCUGAUGAGAGACCGGCUGCUGCUGGCCAUCGACGGCCAGAGCAAUCAGAUAUGCAACAUGGUGGUAGUCAUGGAGGUGAUCUCCUAUUUGGAGAAAUAUCCUAUCACCAAAGAGGCACUAGAGGAAACCCGCCUUGGCAAGCUCAUCAACGAUGUCCGAAAGAAAACUAAGAAUGAGGACCUUGCAAGAAGGGCCAAGAAGCUGCUGCGGACUUGGCAGAAGUUAAUUGAGCCAGGAAAGGGAGAGAUGUUGUCCAAAGGACACACUGGUGCAUCAUGGUCUUCCAAUGGUGGUGCUCAUUCCUGCAUCUCCACUCCAGCUGCCACCACACCAUCAGGUAAAACGGGUUCAGAGUUGAAGAACAGAAAUGACUUCAACAACUGCUACUCCCCGAAGGUUGAGAAAACAAGCACCAGGAAAGGUAAGGGUGACCACAAAGAAGAACUGCUCUUACCAGCAAAGAGAUCCAAAAUGACUCUAAAUGAUAAAAUGCAAAACUCCAAACAGCUGCCAACCAAUGGAAUUGGUGGUAGCUCUGACAUUUUUAAAGAUACUCGUACACAUCAGCCUUUAGACAAGGAGAUUUCAGAGCCUUUGGACAAUGACAGACUAAUUAAAAUCCCAGUCAAUGCUGUCAAACCUCAUCCAAGUGCCCUGGGAUACAGCAAGCCACCUAGCACUUCUUCUUUGCUUAAAGCAUCAGUUCUGCAGCAGCAGGCCAGACGGGAGCAAGCUGUCUCUGGAGGGCAGCAUCGACCCAGAAGCCCAGGCUGUUCCUUGCACACUCCUCAAACUCCAAAUCAGGAAACUGGUGUAAACCAAACUGCAUCACAAGCACAAGGUCUUCCAACCCCCACUGUGAGGCCCGGGCCUGGGGACACCUCUGGGCUGGGGCCAUCCUCUCAGCCUUCCACUGGUUGUGUUCAGGGUUUGCACACAGAUGUUUCAGAAUUGCAUUCUCAGUGCAGGCCUCCCAGUACGUCUCUUCUCAAGUCCUAUGACUCCUCCUGUGGGGAUGUGGUCAGUUUGGAAGCUUAUGGUGCUGUUAGCAAUACAGAGAAAAGGAAAAAACAGAAAAACAGGCCUAAAGACCAUGUGAUAAAUUCAGAGGGACAGACUGUAGAAGACAGCACUAAACCAGUCAGGUUAAAAGACAGGAGACUGACAUUUGACGCUGUCACAGGACAGAUAAAAUCCUCCUUCCAGAAGGAGAUUUGCCAGGAGGGGGAUGUCAGAUUGGAACCUCAGUGUUCAGAGCAGCCGAAGCUGAAUCCCCCAGUUCCUCCCAGUCCCUUCCAGCAGACAGACUGGAAAGCGCUGUCACGGAGCGAAAUCAUCCAGUCGUACCUUAGCCAGCAAAGCAACGUGCUGGCGUCGUCAGGCACCAACACCCCUGGUGCACACUUUUUGAAAGAGUUUGUGAAAAAAGAGGAACCCCGCACUACAGAUGUGAAGAAAACACACGUGCUGGCCCCAGAACUCCCAGCCAGGGAUUUACCUGGGGUUAGCAGAGAGGUCAUCAACGAAGACCUGAACAAAUUACACAAGCAACACUGGUCCGGGGUUAACGGUUGCUAUGACACAAAGGGUACUUGGUAUGACUGGACGGAGUGCAUCUCUUUAGACCCGCAUGGAGAUGAGAGCAGGUUGAACAUACUGCCAUACGUCUGUCUGGAUUAAAUCUGAGCUUGGGUUUGGAAGUUGUAAGCUGCCUUCAUGGUUGAGCAGAGCAGCUCUGCGUUGGUCAAGGCUCUUUUAUUUAAGUGUAAGCUGCAGUUUUGCAUUGCGGCUGAAAGUGGAGUCUAUGUGCUGCCUACGUGGGUGUGUGUGGAGCACAGGGGGUAAUCAGUGUUUUUAUGAGUUCAUGAACAUUGUGUGAGGACGGCACAAAGGAAAGAGGCUAUGCAUUACCUUACUAUUUAGUAACUACACAUUGAGCUCCCCAUACCUGCCAUUCUUUGUAUGGGAGAGGACAUCACAUUAAACUGCACAGCUGCAUUUGAUCUGUCUUAGGAAAUCCACAUGACCUGUGGAAUGUGACUUUACUGAAUUUUACAUUUAUUUCACAGUGCAGUAUUUUUCAAUUUAAAGUUUUGUUUGUCUUAUCUGUGUUAAAAAUGUGACUAUCACCUUUCAAUUGAGACUGGUAAGCUACAUAAUUGGUACUAAUGAGGGUUUUGUUUGCAUUUACAGCAUCUUGAAAAGUGCUGUUUAGCUUGAAAAGCUGAAUUGAAUGCCAUCUUUAAGUAGCUAUGUCAUUCUCAUUGGUGUUAGAAAACUAUAAAAUCCUGUGCAAAACACUCGUCAUUGCACCUCUUUAGAACUGCUGUUUCCCCAUUGCACAACUGUCUCCUGCAGUGGCUUUUAGCAUGAAGAAAAACAAUCUGCUUGAAAACAUUUAAAUAUUUUUCUUGUGUUGUUUGGUUUGAAUGCUGUUAAAUAACGUGACAUAACUUCCAGAUAUGAGUGUGCAGCUUGGGCUGAAAGAAAGGCCUGUAUGAGGGUUGAACAAUGCACUCUAAUAAAGAAGUCAGAGGCUGUCAAGUAUAAUAUUUAUUUACAUUUAUAUAUUAAUUUUGUGAUUUAUAUACAUGUUCAGACUUCUUUCAUUUUCAUUGUUAGAUUUCUUUGUUCAGCAUUUACUGCUUAAAAACCAACUUACUUCACACAGGAAAACUGCAAAAUGACACAUUCUGAUAAUGUGAAAACAUGUUAUUUAAUACUUGCCUUUUCCCUUUACUGUGUAUUAAGGCUGUGAAAUAUGUAUUGGAAUGGCAGAGCAGAAUAUUCUCCUAGUUUUGCAUCUUUGUCUUCUGUCAGGACAACUACAUUGAAAUGCUGGAUAAAGUACUUCAUAUCAUUCCUGUAGAUACUGUUUGCCUUAUGGAAACCUGUGUUUUCCCUAAAGACGGAGCCUUAGUGAAUGUACAGAAAUUAGCCUUUUGUGUUCGUUAAACAUGCGAGAACAUAUUUGCUACUUAGUCCUUUAAGCGGACAUGUUGAUAUGUGUUAAUAAAAAAACUGAAUUAAU